ACAUGAUAACAGUCCUCUCUAGGGCCCGAGCCCUCGCACUCUACUCUGCAGGACGCACCCUCACCCACCAGUCCUGCACGACUCCCUCCGCACCCCGGUCCUCACUGUUACCGCAUUGGGACGCCUGCACCAGUGUGAGCAGGUCCUAUCCAGUCUGAAAAAUCUUCACCUCAAAAGUCUUCCUUUUUUUUUAAAGGUUGUUUGAUAACUAGUCUUAACAUUAGCAAUGCCAACCAGAUUAACUAAGACCAGAAAGCACAGAGGACACGUUUCCGCCGGUAAGGGUAGAAUCGGUAAGCACAGAAAGCAUCCCGGUGGUCGUGGUAUGGCUGGUGGUCAACAUCAUCACAGAACCAACUUGGACAAGUACCAUCCAGGUUACUUCGGUAAGGUUGGUAUGAGACACUUCCACGUCCAAAGAAACCACUCCUGGAGACCAGAAAUCAACUUGGAAAAGUUGUGGACCUUGGUCGACUCCGACAAGAAGGACGAAUACUUGAAGAACGCCUCCAAGUCCGCUGCCCCAGUCAUUGACACCUUGGCCCACGGUUUCGGUAAGGUCUUAGGUAAGGGUAGAUUACCAGAAGUUCCAGUCAUUGUCAAGGCCAGAUUUGUCUCCAAGUUGGCUGAAGAAAAGAUCAGAGCUGUUGGUGGUGUUGUUGAAUUAGUUGCUUAAACGUGUAGUUUUCGGAUCUACAUUAAUACAUAUAAAUAACUGUAUAACCAUGCUGGCUAGCAGCGACUGUAGCAAGUGGGAGGAGUCAAGGGGAAUUCAUCGAGUCACACGAACUUCGGAAAGUAACUCUGACUUCGUGUGGUCAGAUUCUGUGACACCGGGCCAGGUGUUCUGAAAGAGGUGAAUGUGAGCCAUACACCGAGCAAUGGGUCCGCUGAGGCACCAUCGGUGGAUGUCACAAUUGAAACGAUCCUUCUGUUCCAGUGGGAGAAUGAAAUUCAUACAAUCCUUCUAUGAAUACCAGUGCAAAAUUGGAAUUCAAACAAUCAUUUACGGUUAAUACCGGUGGCUUUGAACAAUUCAACGAUGACUCUACGGU